AUGUUCCUCUUCAAUAGUGCCGUGAUGGGCUUUGGCAACAGCCUGUGGAUGCAUCUGGUGCUCGAGCAGUUCGAUAACAUGGUCACCAACGUGGCAAACUCAUACCGCAUUCAGGAAGAGUGCGAUGUUCUCUCCUUGGUUCUUGCCCAAUACGAGGGGCCAAUCAUUUUGAUGGAGUUCAAAGCCGUGAUGUUGGCAUCCUUGCGUUCCUUAGUUCCAAAGGACUGGGACUCUGCACACGAAGUUGCAUGGAACUGGUUCUGGGAGAACAUUGAGCAUAUGCUCCGGGCUCUCAUGGGCAAACCUGCCACACAACAGCAUGCGCUGGAUCAGUUCAUCCUGGGUCUCAGCCAGGACCAGCUGACCUUCCUGAGGCGUGAGAUCUACAAGCGGUUUUUCACUCUGGCACCUGCAGGGCAGGACUACUUCAAGCAGUCGACAACAAGACUGUACUGGAUCGCAGACAAAGUGGUAGAGAUGACUACUGAGAUGUUCAAGGAUCCAAAACGCCUAGUCGAGGACAUCUCCGCGCUAGGAUUGCGCCAUGUCGGCUACGGCAUCCCCACAGAGUUCUUUGCUCCGUUUGUGUCUGCAGCAGUGGAUGCUGUGAAGACCAUGGAGGCUCAGGAGCUGGCUCAAGAUGCCUUCCGAUGGUCCCUGACCCUGGUUUCCAAAAUUUUAGUGCGAACCAUUUUAGAGGGCUCCACAAUUGUGAUGAAGGCCAUCAACACCAACGAUGCCAAGCAGCUUCGGAAAGCUAUCUCUGUUGCCCCUCGAGGGAAGCGUGCACAGGAACUGCUGAAUAUUACUGUUGGCACCAAGUCUAUCUCGCCGUUGAUUUGGUCCAUCGAGAGCGGCAGCCUCGUGACAGCCAAAGCUAUGCUCGAGGACCUACUGGUCAUCCGGGCAGACAGGGACAACUAUUACUUUGGCUGCGACCACCUGUUUGAGCGGCAUCCUGAGAUCAUCCAGCGUUUGAGCUUCGAUGCUCCCCAGCUGCUGCCAACAUUGCUGGACGGAUUAAUUUGGCGCUCCCGGACAACCAUGAAUGGUCAAAGAAGAGUAAACUACUAUGUCAAGCACCUGAUUCAAGAUGCAGAAGGGCAUUUCAACCAAGCUCUGGCCUGGAUUGUUGAAGGACAUGAUCCCAAGAUCAUUUGCCACGAUGUGGUGGUCCUGUUCUCGGAUCUGCUUUGGUCUGGCUUGGCUGGUCACACCUUCCUGCUGGGCAGGUGCUACUUCCUGUUCACCCUUGCAGUCUUCAUCGCAGGGCAAUCUAUCCUGCAGCAGCUGCGUGAGGACCUGCAAAAUCAAACCGACGGAGAGCGCAUUGCUAUUUUUGCCUGCCGCAUCACCAUCUAUGUCUUCAGCAUGGGCGCGCUGUUGAUCAAUCAGGUUCGCUGCUUGAUUACCGACAUCAGGGAGCGCAAUCUUGUCAAGUUGUUUGGAGUGCUGCCGUUCCCACAGUACUUGACCAAUACAAUGCAGAUUGGCAACCUGGCGCUGAUGCUCUGCUUGCUGGUGAUGUGUACCCAGGAGCCAAUUUUUCAUUGCUUGAGCAGCGGUGAAGCGGACUUCAAGGAUUUACUCUUCCAUCAGCACUGCUUCGCGGGUGAGCAGCGCAAAGAAGCAUAUGCUACGAUCUCCAUGGUUGCAAUGCUGCUGUACUGGGCACUGCUACUGGAUCUUACCAUCUUCUCCAUGCGCAUAUCUGCAUUUACACUGGUCUGUGGAAGGGUGCUCAGCGAACUUGGUCUUUUCUUGAGCUCAUUAGUCUUCCUGAUUGUUACGUUUGCAAGUUCAAUAGCUGCUCUGAAUCAUCACUGCGAAGACUUCAUCAACAUCCCUGUGGGUGCAUUGUCACUUAUGGAGAUCUCUUUGGGCAUGUUCCCCAGUCAGAAUUUCCAAGAGAUUCAAGACGAGAUCUCCGUGCUUCUAACGGUGAGCUUGUUCAUAAUCGUUGUCAUAGUUUUCCUCUUGAACCUCCUGGUUGCGCAGCUCAAUGGUGCAUAUGCCAGCGUGUACGAUGAUAUGGUGGGCUACGCACGCUUAACCCGUGGCAGCAUCAUUGUCUCUGCGCUUGAAGGGGUGUCGGCAAACCGUUGGCAACGAUUCCUUGCUUCUCUUCGCUUUGAGGAGCGCUUAGAAUUCAAUGAGGGCGACGUCGGCCUGGCCGGGGGAAUUCAAGUUACGGAGCCUGCCAAUGAGCAUCCUACUACAGUGGAGAACAUUCGCCGAUUUGGAGGCUCCACAUCGCCAGCCAUGCCAUGGCCGGAAGAGGUCCACGGUGAUGAGGCUGAGGACAAGUUGGAUCGGCUGGAAAAGGUCAUCUUGCGAGCCACCAAGAAGAUCACCAGCCGCAGCAAGAAGAAUGGCACUGGAAGUUCAUCCAUGGCAGGAAGCUCUUCCCAGAUGAGUUCCACGUCAGAUCAGGAUAGCAGCGGUGCUGACGGCUCGGAGUAA